AUGAUCGUGCAGCAACACCACGAAAAGAUGUGCCACCAAAACACGGAGGCGAUGAUCGGAUCGAUUCGGAGCAAGUUCUGGAUAACGAACUUGUGGAGACUGCUACGGAGGGUGGUGAGCAAAUGCAACGUUUGCAAGCUGCGGAAGGCACGACCCACACAGCCCGAGAUGGGCCCCCUGCUUGCGGAUCGACGAGAGGCCAACGGAUGGCUAUUUAAGUCUACUGGCCUGGAUUACUUUGGGCCGCUCUUUGUGACAAUUAGACGUCGCACAGAGAAGAGGUGGGUGGCACUGUUUACGUGCCUGACCACGAGGGCUAUCCACUUGGAGAUGGCUCACGAUUUGUCCACCGACUCCUGCAUAAUCGCCAUCAGGAACUUCAUGACCCGCCGUGGACCAGUGGUCAGGAUAAGGAGCGACAAUGGGAAGAACUUCGUUGGAGCCGACCGCGAGGCCAAGAGGUUCAGCGAAGUGUUCAGCCUGCACAGAUCCAGGGCGAGCUGUCGUCUAAGGGAGUCGAAUGGAUCUUCAACUGCCCGGCGAACCUAG